AUGUCUAGCUCAUCUAGCUCUAGCGAUGAUGAAAUGAUGAAGAAGUUCUUUCUUAUGGGAGCUGUUGUCGUUGAGGAAGAAGAACAAGAGAAAUGUUCAACUUCAGUUCAACACAAACGACGUAUCGUGCUCCAUCGAAACCGACUGGAAGGCCACAAUCGGUUAUUCCAAGAUUAUUUUGCUGACGCACCAACCUAUCCUCUUUAUUAUUUUCGUCAAAGGUUCAGAAUGAGGCGUUCGUUAUUCCUUCGAAUCCACGACGCAGUCGUCGAACAUGACAAGUACUUCGUCCAAAAGAGGAAUGGUGCUGGACAGUUAGGACUAUCUAGUCUUCAAAAGAUUACUGCAGCUAUGCGGAUGCUCGCAUAUGGAGCAUCCGCUGACUCCGUUGACGACUACGUUCGGAUCGGUAAAAGUACGUCGCUUGAGAGCGUGAAGAGGUUCGUUCGAUCGAUUAUCAACAUCUUUGGAGAGGAAUACCUUCGUGCACCGACUAAUGAAGACGUUGCACGCCUGCUCGAGGAAGGCUCACAACGAGGUUUUCCUGGUAUGCUUGGGAGCAUCGACUGCAUGCACUGGACAUGGAAGAACUGUCCAACUGCCUGGCAAGCAAAGAUCUUUGGAUAUGGCAUGCCUUCUUUGGACUGCCGGGGUCUCACAAUGACCUCAAUGUUUGCUCAACAACAAGAAAGCGCAAGAAAAGAUGUUGAGCGAGCUUUUGGCGUGUUGCAAGCUCGAUUUGCGAUUGUUCGUGGACCAGGACGUUUCUGGCAACCUUGUGUGCUGAAAGAUAUCAUGACAGCUUGUAUCAUAAUGCAUAACAUGAUCGUUGAAGAUGAACGUGAUUGUCAAUUGGACAACAACUUCGACUUUACUGAUUCGGUACCAGUCGUUGAACCUUCUCAUGUGCAGACGGUGCCUCUAACUGAGUUCAUCCAAAAUCAUCAUCGGAUCAGGAACACGCAAACACACAAAUCACUAAAGAAUAAUCUGAUCGUGCAUCUGUGGCAGCUCAAGGGGUCCAUCGCCGAGGAUUAA